CUCCUCCUGCUGCUCUGCCUCUGUCUGUCUGGGCCCAUCCGUCUCAUAGGGAAAGUUCCUCCUGACCCAGAAACGCUGUUUGUCCCCAAAUUGUGCCACACACACUGCUGUCUGUCUGAGUCGGCACAGUUUGACAUUGAACGCAACAACACCCGGCUCUGAGAAGAAGAAGAAGAAGAGGCCAGGAGUUGGUUAUUGUCCGAAAGAUGCAAAGCUUUUGACCUCACUGGAGCUGGUUUGACUGAAGUUAAGGGACUGACAAGAUGCGUUCUAGUGUGGCUGGACCACCAAGCCCCCUUGACAGAGCAGGAGGCACUGGCACCAACAGCUAUAACAACAACAGCAGCAGUGAAAGCAGUGGAAACUCAGGUUCCCAGUAUGCAUUAUGUGCUCUGGGGGUGGGGCUUGUCGCCCUCGGUAUCGUGAUGAUUGUGUGGAGUGUGGUACCUGCCGACGCGGCCAGUAAUAGCAGCAGCAGCAGCGGCAGUUCGGGUGGAGUGGGUGAUACCACUGACAGGAAACAUAAAGCGUCCUCUGUGGCCUUUGUCUUGGUGGGGUCUGGGGUGGCCAUGCUGCUGCUGUCCUUGUGUCUGGGAAUGAGGAACAAGCAGCGGGAGCAGCAGAGGCUCCUGGAGAGGCAGAACCAAGGAGCAGAGGCAGCUCGGCAGCAGGAAGACACAGAAACUGCUGAGGAACAAGCCCAACGCUACGCUGUACCUAGCUAUGAAGAGGCAGUAGGCAGUGGCCAGUACCCUGUCCGUCAGAGCAACCUUCGCCCAAGUAUCUCCCAGCUACCUUCCUACGAUGACCUUGUCCAAGUUGAUGGUGUACAGUAUGAAUUCGAGGGGCCAGAGGUCACACCAACCGGAGCACAGCCUGCUCCAGCUUCCAGUGCUCCCACAGCUCCCAGUGCUGCUGCUUCCACAUCAAAUCGCAGAGCUGGGAAAAACACCCGCAAGCUCCUCCCUAUCAAGAUCCGCAGGAUUAAAUCAGAGAAGCUGCACAUGAAAAACACUGAUAACUCUCAGCCGCCGGCUGGAUUCAGUAUAGAGCCACUCACCCCUCCGCCGCAGUAUGAGGAUAAAGUUCCUCCGAUCUGAGAUCAAGCUGUUGGUGUUUAAAACAAUCUACUGAAACUCCUGGAUUCCUCCAUGAUCACCUGUCAUGGAUCUGGAUCUGUGGUUUUAAGACUUGAAGAUGGCCUUUCUUGCAGAACAUUCUCAGAGGCACUUUGUAUUUUUUUUUUUGAAAAUACAGCAUCUGUUCUAACUCUUCUCUUGUGCCACAUCGCUCCAAAUCAUGGAAUACAGAAACCUUUUUUAAAUUUUGGAUCUCUGAAACAGAUACAGACCGAUAGUAAUGGACACAGUUACUGGAGCCUUCUUCACAGUUUGACUGAUUCUGUCACGCGGUGGCACAUUGGAUUAAAAGCACACACCAAAGGCAGUUUUCCUUUAUCUCAGUCAUUUUCUGUUUUUGCAUUAUCUUAAUGUUCUCCACUCUGCACUGACUGUCAUCACGGGACAUCACUGACUGGUUAUGGUGAGGAUUUGUGUGCACACUUAAGUAGAUACAUGCAGGGGCGCUCAUUUUGUAAAGUAGCUGCUGCUUGGGCUGUGUCUCACCCUGGGAGGCUUUGGAUUACUACUGCCAGUGGUUGACCAAAUGUAGGCUCCAUGGUGUGUGACUGAGCAUUGUAUGUGCUUAGCUGGCCUGACCUGCUGUGGUAUGCACAGACACUCUCCCUCACUGUCAACAACAUAGUCCCUCCGGGUCUUCUAGAGCUCUGCAGCAAAUAAGCAACUAUUCUGGUAAAUGCUGAUCAGUGUUGGAGAGAGGCUACUGCUGAAGUCCCUCCCUGCUUCCAUAUUAGCUUUGGGUCAGAUGGCUUUCUUUAUCGGUCUCCUUGAAAAGCUGAAACAUGGCACUGGGUGACCACUGGACAGCACCAUUUAAGAAUCGUCUACUUGUAACCACGAUAAAACAGAGCUUUGUUGGAAUUUAUCAGCUACAGCUCCCAUGACUCUUAGCAACAGGCACUCUACCAAAACCCAAUGGGAGUUGAAAUUGUUGAAUGCCAACAAAGUAUCACUUGUUUUAUCUUAGAAGUAUCAAGUCACUCAAAUGUUACCGUCCAGCACAGCAGCAUAUUUAAGAGAAAAGCAAAGUUUUAUGUUUCUCUUUAGAAAGACAAAACCCUACGCAGUACAAAGUCUGGUGGAAUGAACUGGAGGCCAAAAUGAAACAGCUGUUCACGAGGUUAAAGGGAUAAUUCAGGUCGUUUGAAUUGGGGUUGUAUGAGGUACUUAUCCAUAGUCAGUGUAUUACACACAGUAGAUGUCAGUUGGUAUGUCCCCAGUUUGGAGACCCACCCAAAACAAGUGUACACUUAAUUUAGAAUAUUUUCACCCCUUUGCUUUCAGUCAAACAAAUCAAAUCCAGACUCCAUGAAGAAAAACAGUGAUUUAAAAUUGCUGAACACAGGAGCUGCUGAUACCUCGAUCAGUUAUUGUCUUUGUUUUAUUGUGUGACUUUGCCGUUUAAAGGGGGUAGUUUGGAUUCAACAAAGUCAAACAGUAACACAAGCUAACUAACAGAUCAAGGCAGCUGGACCAGCAGCUCCUGUGUUCUGCGAACUAAGAUCAUUGUUGGGGAAUAGAUUACUUUAACGGCUUACCCAUCUGUCUCCAGCAAAGUACAGCAGUGAAAAUACUUUCAAUGUAGCAUACGCUCAAACUGUUACACUUUUUUUUUUAUGUUGCUUGACCAGCAGUUCCUGUGUUCAGCGAUGUUAAAUUACUGUUUUUCUCAGUGGGGUCUGGCUUUGAAGAGAGUGACUCUGCUUCAGUUCCCCGUCAGAAUUCACUGUCUGAGGGUGGGGUAACAUGGUUAAAAUAUUUUUAAAUAUAGCGUACACUUAAACUGGUAUUGAUUUUUUUUUUAGGUGCCUUAAAUAAGGUAAGCUGCUGACCCUGUCCACAGCAGUACAUUGCUUAGCUUCUGUGUCAGUACUCCUUCCUGCUUCUCCAAACUAACAUGCUAACCACCAUCUAGUGUAUUAAUACACUGUCUAUAGAUAAGUACCCCAUACAACCCAAUUUAAAAAAACCAAACUAUCCCUUUAAAGUUGUGGGUAUUUCUUUACUAAGCAGGACAUGGGCUCACUGAAUUUCUGUGGUUAGUUGUUUUAUUAAAUGUGCCUUAAGUUAGUAUCUUUACUUUCUGAAAGCUGUAUUAAGAAAUUUUGACCUUUUAAAGGGCACAAAGACGCUAAAACAAACUCUCAGACACACAGCUCUGAUAAGCCAUCAGCUUAUCAAUUUGUCAUGGUUAAGGGGCUUGCAAAAAGCUGCCUGACUGUUAUUAACUCUAUCUAUCUAUCUAUCUAUCUAUCUAUCUAUCUAUCUAUCUAACUAUCUAACUAUCUGUCUAUCUGUCUAUCUGUCUGUCUAUUUCCUUUGGUGCCAGGCAGGCAGCAUGCUCUCAUUAGACGACCAUACAGUCUGUGCUAAAAACUGAACAAUUAGCUCUGGAGUCAGUUGUGAACAUACGACCAAACAGCUAUUCAAAAGUGUAAACUAGCUGGCUGUCAGUUAGGUAGAGAAUAGAGAGGCAAAGCCCAUCCUCUGUACGGGACCUUAUUUUGGAAACUAUGUACAGUUGUUAACGGCGAGAGACAAGAAAAAAAAAAUCCAGUUUGAAUUGUGCCGUGAAUAACACACACGAUGUUUGUUAAUUUGAAACAUGUUUUUUCAAAUCAAGAAAGUCGCAGUUUGUGGUAGUACUUUUUGGUUUUGUGUGAAACUGCUCAGUGAACUAGACUACAUCUUUUUUAUCGCAUAAUAUACAUGUCACCAACGCCUGCUAGCCAGCUAGCUAGCUAACAUAGCUAUGUUUCAAGCACAAAAUGUAAUGUUAUCUUGCUUGAUGUGUUUAAUCCGGCGACCCUUGGCCUUUUUUUCAGUUGGGAGCAAGUCCUGUUUCUCGUGUGAGUUCAUGUCGUACAAAACACAGCGAGAGAGAAAGUAUGACGUUACCUACGUGACUUGUGUAGUCUUCCUAAAUACGCAUUUUAACGUAUACAUUUACAGUUUCAGAACAAACUGCAACUUUCUUGCCUUUCUUUCUUGACAUUUUGAGGGGAUCAAAAAUUAAUUGUCUCUUCUCAUUGACUACAGUACAUAUUUUUUUCUGAAUUUAGGUCCCAUGGUUGUCCAACAGACGUGGAGGGUCUUGGCCUCUCUACAAGAGGGUGCUCUGUUAAGGAUUUAAUGCAUAAAAUUUAUAUUUAUACCUACUAGUACAGUAUCAAUGGUCAUUAUUAGGUUGCUUUUUAAGAGAAAUAACUUAUUAGGAAGAAACUGUUUUGUGGGAAGUUGACAGUCUCAUCUCAUGGAGUCUUUAAGGAGUGCUAAUGCUAACUGAUUGCAGCAGUUGUACACGCUAAAGUAAAGUUAAGUGCCUUUGUUUUCACACCAUCACUGCUUUCACUGACAUUGUAUGACUGAACCUGAGCUCUAAUGUUGGUAUUCCAAUGCAGUGUUGCCCGUACUCCUGCAAACAGCGGGUAGAGGAGGAAGUAUGUGAUAGCAUAAUGGAAGGAUCUCAUGUGAAUAGUUGAAAGCCUUCCCCCCCGUAGCCAUGGUGAACACUGUUGAGCUGUGAAGGCAGUAGCCUCUGCUUCAAUCUGGGCUUGUUUUUGCUCGAGAUGACCAACAGAAAGACUCUUUGACUGUGCAGCUGCGCCAAAACAACAGCAACUAUUGCUCACUGGCUUGCUCAUCACCAUUCCCCCAACCACAGCUUGACUUGCAGCCCUGUGUUCACUUAGAAGUAUGCAGAGAAUGAGCACAGCAGGGAAGACAGAUGUGCAGAGAGCUGGUUUGAGCUCCAUUACCGUGCAUUAUUUUAUCAAUACCUGUCUUUUUCUUCUUCAGGGUAGAUUUGUUUUGAUAUGAACAGCUGAAGCCAAAUACCAGUCAUUCAGUUGAACAUUAAGUUGCACAAGUUUUUUUUCCUCUUUUCAUUAAUGACUUCAUCAUCCCGCUUCUCACUGUGUUGAAAUAAAACUCAGUGUAGUUAUUGCAAAAAAGACUUCCUCUGUCACUGUCAUGCAAGAGGCAAUGAGGUCAUUGUGGCACUUCAGGUUUUUAAAUCCAACAUUUCAACGUCUACAUUUCUCUGAUUUAUUUUCAAAGUGGAAACUCGCCAUGCAGCCUAUUAAAAUCUUUGUUUUUGUCAUGUUCAGUACUGCAAACAUAGUCAUCGUACCUCAUUUGCACAGUACCAGUUUAAUUACAUGAUUGAUUUUAUUACUACAUAGUCGAAAUGUUUUACAUUGAUGGAAUGAGUGUUGUGAUUUAGCUGUCACUUUCUGUUUUACUUAGACGAGUGCCCGAAGCACAAGUUUGCUGUUUGUUCAUUUAUUAUUGCUUUUUUAUUACUGAAAUCUUCAUUUCUUUUAUAUUUACUGUGAAAAUGUGCUUUUCUAUGGUAGUUUUAAUUUGUUUGUGGAAAAUUAUUUUUUGUCUCUGAAGAGUAAAAACAAAUUUAUCUCAUGAAUAUUUUAUGAGAAAUAAAAGGAAGUAUUUGUUAAUUAA